CUAAGCUAAAAGGAAAAAAUGAAGAGGCAAACCAGUUUUCCUCUUCACUUCAUAAUCUUCUACUUCUUCUUCUUGUUGAAACUUUUAGUAUUGCCUCAGUGUUCUGCGUCAUCUAAAGUUAGAAGGCUACUUUUUAGCCAUGAAUCAGAGCACUAUGCUGUGAUAUUUGAUGCUGGUAGCACAGGCAGUAGAGUCCAUGUCUUUCGCUUUGACCAUAACUUGGAUCUACUUCCAAUUGGUAAUGACAUUGAAUACUUCCUCGCGAUAAAUCCAGGUCUAAGUUCAUAUGCAGAUGAUCCAAAUGCUGCAGCACUUUCUUUAAAGCCUCUUUUGGACAAAGCUGAAGGUGUUGUUCCUAAAGAUUUGCAGCCUGAAACACCCCUUAAACUUGGAGCAACUGCUGGUUUGAGGUUAUUAAAAGGAGAUGCUGCUGCAAAAAUAUUGCAAGCGGUGAGGGAUUUAUUCAAGAAUGAAACUAGUCUUAGUUACAAGGCAGAAUGGGUUUCAGUUCUUGAUGGUACCCAAGAAGGUUCUUAUUUUUGGGUUGCCUUAAAUUACUUACUAGGAAAUUUGGGUAAAAAGUAUGAAAGAACAAUAGCUACAAUUGAUCUAGGAGGUGGAUCAGUGCAAAUGACAUAUGCCAUCUCAAAAGAAAGUGCUUCAAAGGCUCCCAAAGUAGCAAAUGGAGAGCCUUAUGUCCUAAAUAAAUCUCUUUUGGGGGCUAAUUAUCACCUCUAUGUUCACAGCUAUUUGAACUAUGGUCAAUUAGCAGCUAGAAAAGAGAUUUUCAAAGCUUCUGGAAACUCAUCAAGUAGUCCAUGCAUUUUGGGAGGUUAUAAUGGUUACUACACAUACAAUGGGGUGGCAUACAAAGCAUCAUCACCACGAAAUGGUUCAAGCUUGAAGAAAUGUAAGACAUUAACUAAAAAGGCACUGAAGAUUAAGGCACCCUGCAACCACAAGAAGUGUACUUUUGGUGGGGUUUGGAAUGGUGGAGGUGGAGAUGGAUACAAGAAUCUCUAUGCUUCUUCUUUCUUCUAUGAUUAUGCAGCUAUGGUUGGCAUUAUUGACCCCAAAAAGCCCUCUGGAAGAGCUAAACCAAUACAAUACCUAAAUGCAGCAAAGCUUGCUUGCAAGACCUCAGUGAAAGACAUAAAAUCAGUAUUUCCUAACAUCGGUGAGAGAAAUGUACCAUAUAUCUGCAUGGACUUGGUAUACGAGUACGCUUUGCUAGUUAAUGGAUUUGGCCUGCAUCCCAAACAAGAGAUCACAGUGGUGCAUGAUGUUAAAUACAGGAAUUACAUUGUUGGAGCAGCUUGGCCACUGGGUUGUGCCAUUGAUGUUGUUUCGUCUUCCUCCUGAUCAUUGAACAUUAUAUUGUCAUCUUGGAAUUUUAUCAAUAUCUGACGUUGUAAUUCUUAGGAAACUUUGUAUGAGGAAGUCAUUAUUUCGUGUUCGUUAACGAAAAAAAUCCAUCAAAGGGAAAAUGACUUCCUUAACUUAUACACGGUAGUCAUUUUUCUUACAACAAUCCUUACUUAACUUCCUGUUAUUUACUGGAACUAACACCUAGACAUAAUUAAAGCAGUCCACAUGGCAAUAAUAUUAAGCACUCCAUGGUUUAACAAGAAUUGAAAUGGGAAACAUUACUCCCAUUCAGAGACUGCUGAGUGAAACCAGCAAAAGAAUUUUGCUGCUUCAGCCAUUGCAUUGAAGAUUGAACCCUACGCUUCACAGGACUUUGGUUCAAUGACAUGAGCAACACAUUAUGUGAGGAUUAGACACAUGUCACAAGCUCGAAUCUCUACAGCGAAAAACAAUCUAAUAUUUAAGUGGAGAAGAAAAGAAGAUUGAGCCCAUUAGCCACCCAUUUUCAGACCAUGCGCCAGCUGGCCCUCGGAGACGAACUGUUCCUUGAUGGGAUAUUUAAGUUCAUAACCUGCUUGCCAGGAACAUAACCUUGUGACAAUAGCCGUAUUACAGUACGCAGGCUGAGGUAAGAGAGGUUUUCAAGAAAGCAUUACACGCUACUGAAUUGUCAAAAUAUUAAAAGAAGACGGUGUAAGUGCUUAUUUGGUCGGGGAGAAUGAACUUCUGAACCCAAGCCUACGCUCGUUUUUUCAGUGAGUUUCAAGCCGAUCUGGUAUGCUAAUUGUAUUGGUAAAAAAUAAAUAUUACAUGUGAAAUUAUAUGAGGAUGACAGGGCAAGAUACGUGGAUUACUAAGAAGAUGACAACUGGGGUGUCGCAUUAAAAGAGUCGCAAUUUACAACAGGUUCGAGCAAAUCACUCACGAGACGAAAAGGUACGGUUUCCUGAGCCUAAAUUAUUCAGUGAAGAGACACAUGCAGGAUGAAUCAAGACAGUAAAGAGGAAAGAUUCAUGAACCUCAAAUUAAUGUGGAAGAAGAAUCAAAACCGUUACAAAAUCUUCAUGAACAGUUACGGUUGCCAAUUAUAACGUUUCAUUAAUGUCAUUAAUGCUCAUAAUGAUUCUGUCAUAAAAGGGAACGAAGAGUUAAAAUUACGAUUCUGAGCGAAAGAAAUACCCACGGUCAGGUAUCGUUCAAUUA